GAAUUAAUUAAGUAUAGCCAAAAAUGUUGAGAUCAGCUAUUAACCGUCAAUUUACAUCGGUUCGUUCAUUUUCUAGUUCUAUUAAAUCUUUAGAUAAGAUUAAGGUUACCAAUCCAAUUGUUGAAUUGGAUGGUGAUGAAAUGACUAGAAUUUUAUGGACCAAGAUUAAAGAUCAAUUAAUUCAUCCAUAUUUAGACGUUGAUUUAAAAUAUCAUGAUUUAGGGAUUGAAUACAGAGACCAAACUAACGAUCAAAUUACUAUUGAUGCAGCUGAAGCCAUUAAGAAGUAUGGGGUUGGUGUUAAAUGUGCCACUAUUACACCCGAUGAAGCUAGAGUCAAAGAAUUCAAUUUGAAAAAAAUGUGGGUUUCACCAAAUGGUACUAUCAGAAAUAUUUUAGGGGGUACUGUUUUCAGAGAAGCUAUUAUUAUUCCAAGAAUUCCAAGAUUGGUACCAAGCUGGAAAGAACCAAUUGUCAUUGGUAGACAUGCUCAUGGAGAUCAAUAUAAAGCCACCGAUUUGGUUAUUUCGGAACCAGGUACUUUAGAAUUGAAAUUUACUCCAUCUAAUGGAGGAGAAGCAGAAACUAGAACUGUUUAUGAUUUCAAAGGACCGGGUGUUGGAUUGGCCAUGUAUAACACUGAACAAUCGAUUAGAGAUUUUGCUCAUUCUUGUUUUAAAAUGGCAAUUCAAAAAAAUUUACCGUUAUUCAUGUCAACUAAAAAUACUAUUUUGAAAAAAUAUGAUGGUAGAUUCAAAGAUAUUUUCCAAGAAAUUUAUGAAUCUGACUAUGCUCAACUUUUCAAAGAUCAUAAUUUAUUCUAUGAACACAGAUUGAUUGAUGAUAUGGUUGCUCAAAUGAUUAAAUCAAAAGGUGGAUUUGUCAUGGCUUUGAAAAAUUAUGAUGGUGAUGUUCAAUCGGAUAUUGUUGCUCAAGGUUUUGGUUCCUUGGGUUUGAUGACUUCUGCUUUAAUGACUCCUGAUGGUAAAUCAUAUCUUGCUGAAGCUGCCCAUGGUACUAUUCAAAAACAUUUCAAAAAUCAUGUUAAUGGUCAAGAAACUUCUUCUAACUCCAUUGCUUCUAUCUUUGCUUGGACCCGUGGUUUAAUUCAAAGAGGUAAUCUUGACAACACUCCUGAAGUUGUUAACUUUGCUGAAACUUUAGAAAAAGCCACUCUUGAUACCGUUCAAGUCGAUGGUAUCAUGACUAAAGAUUUGGCUUUAGCUUGUGGUAACACCGAUAGAUCUUCUUAUGUCACUACUUUUGAAUUUAUGGAUGCAGUUUCUGAUAAAUUGAGAAACCAAAUUAAAGUUUAAGUUGACCUUAUUCUUUCCAAAUUCUAAUUGUCUUUACAAUCAUUGAAAAUAGCAAUUAUGAAAUGCUCUCAUGAUUAAUGAUAUACUCU